AUGGAAACCCAUGCAGAUGAAGCAACGACAGAGCCAACCGGCCAGAAUAGUCCCGUUUUGAACGAGAAUAACUUUACAAACGUGAUCGAAAUCGGACACGAAAAUAAACCACACAGCGAUCAAGACAGUUUAAGCGAAGUCACAGAGUGUCGUCGAAGCACUAGAGAGAGAAAACUAAACCAAAAAGGUAAAGAAUACAUUUUAGAUUUAAAGAGAAAUAUAUUCAAACAAACAAAGUGUUGUCUAGUUGAUAAAUUAUCGUCGCUUAAAACGGAAGUAAGCACUCUAGAAGGAUCGAGUAUUACAUACGAAAUUGAACAACUAGAGACUUUAGUCAAAGAAUUUAAUCAGGGUUUGGACGAAUUACUAAAACUGCUUGAACCCGAACAGCGUGAAAGCUAUAUUACAGAGUGUCAAAGCGUUUUGAACGACUGGAACAAUGUGAAGGGUUCGUUAGUUCUAAAUAUGCAAAAAUAUGAAAUCGACAACAUCCGGUCUAACCACCAGGUGUCAUUACCGGAAGACAGAAAAUCAACCACUUCCUCUGUUCGUACUUCCUCUUCUAUACAAGAGAAAAAGCUGCAAGCCCGCGCGAAAGUAGCCGCGCUCCGAAGUAAAAUUGUAGUAGAAGAGGAGAUUAUCGAACAAAAAAAUUUGCUAGCCAAACAUGAAGCCCACUUAGAGAAAUUGAAAAUGAAGCAACAAUUAGCCGAAGCAGAAGCAGAAGUAGAGGUUUACGAAGAAGCCGAAAACGACCAAGAUCAAAUUCCUGCCCUCCCUAAAAAUAGAUUUCCGUCUCCAACCACAAGUAAUAACAACCUGAAUAAUAAAAUAACUCGAGAUAAUGUAACGCCAGCACCCCUCCCAGUUUCGCAAAAUGUGUCAGCACCUGAUAAAUCCAUGAACUACAAUGCACCUCCUUUUAUUCCUCCACAAAACAGCAUACGCUCAGCCCCAGUCCAACAACAGAUUUUGGUGCCUGGUAACGAACAGAUACCCCACACCCCCACAUCAGUGCCUGAAAAUAGGCAGCUGUAUGAUAGUAAUAAAGUUAUUUUAGAAGCAUUGUCCCUCCAGAGACUGCCUAAACUUACACCAAAGGUAUUUGAAGGUGACGAAAUGGAAUUUCUGCGUUGGGAAUCAUCCUUUGACGCCCUAGUGGCUUCAAACACCAAUGACUCCAAGACCAUGUUGCAUUACCUAUGCAAGUUUCUGAAAGGAGAACCACUGAAGAUGGUAGAACAUUAUCAGGACUUACACCACGAUGCUGAUACCGCUUAUCGUCGAGCUCGAGAGGAGUUGAAAUACAGGUAUGGCAACGCCAGCGUUCUCACCGCAAGUAUUGACAAAAAGCUAACCGAGUGGCCCAAGAUUGGAAGAGAUAGUAAUCGCGAGCUUCUACAUUUUAGCGACUUCCUGAAUCAAGUUGAGGCGGCCAUGAAUAAGUACACCGCACUAAAAUUCUUCGAUUGUGCCAGAGAACUAGUUAAGUUGGCAGAAAAACUACCUGGAUGGGCACAGAAUGAAUGGAAACGGAAAGUCUGGCAAUACAAAGAGAUAAACGGUGAAGAAAGUUUCCCCCCUUUCUCGCGUUUUGCAGAGACAGUGAAGGUGCUCGCCCGACGUGCCAAUAUGCCCGAAUUUGGCAUGACCACAAAACAAGAAGAGAGCCGAAGAAAAGGGUUCGACAACCAAAGAGCCAAAAGGAACUCGAGUAAGAACUUUAGCGUCUUUGGUACACGAGUAAACCAAGGAAAUAAAAACGACAAGAGUACCCAGUUUAGCCCAGAGACAUUCGGAGAAAGAUCUCAGGACCGCAGUCAUCAGCGCAAGAU